UCUUCUUCAAUACACACACUUUUUAGUUAUCUACGCUCAUCAGAAAAUAUGAAACCUCCAUUCUUGAGUAUUUUUCUGUUGCUUAGUUUAGUGUCAGUUGUCAAAUUAGUUUCUGGAGGUUUUAGUAUCAACGAGGAAAUUGUGCCUAGUGGGCGCACUGGAACGAUAGGGAGGCUGGUGAAAAGAGAUGAAAGAACGCCGAUUGCUGCUACGGAAUUAGGUGAGAUUUUGUCGGUGGACAUUGAUGAUGGCACUGGUAAAGGGAAGAACAGUUACCACCUUCAGUUCAUCAGCUUGGAGCCUAAUGCUCUGUUUCUCCCUGUUCUUCUACAUGCUGACAUGGUCUUCUAUGUCCAAACAGGAAUUGGGGAAAUAAGUUGGACAGAGAGUGAUAAAAUAAGAAAAGUUAGCUUGCGGGAAGGAGAUGUCUACAGCCUCAAAUCAGGCAGCCUGUUUUAUAUUCAUAGCAGUACACAGGCUGAAAAGAUGAUCAAAAUUAUUGCAAUUUUCGACAAUCCAGAGGAAGCACAACUACAGGGGCCAUUGAGUGGACCAUACACAAGCAUCAAUGACCUUGUUCAAGGCUUUGAUAAGACUGUCUUACAAUCUGUUUUCCAGGUACCUGAAGAAGUAAUAAAAGAACUUUUAAAUUCAAUAGACACUCAACCGAUAGUACAUGCAGAACCCAAAAAAAAGAAUUUGUUGCACAAUGAGCUUUUGUUUGUCAAUCGUUUCUUAGGAAUUCAGGGGUACGGGAAGAAAAUUGUUGAGAACAAGAAGAAAAAUAAGCCAUUCAAUGUCUUCAAAGAAGACCCUGAUUCUGAGAAUCACAAUGGAUGGAGCACAGUGGUUACUGAGCACAAUUUGGAAGCAUUGCAUGGUUCAAAUAUCGGUGCCAUCAUGGUGAAUCUAACCAAGGCUUCAAUGGUAGGGCCUCACUGGAAUCCGGUGGACUCUGAGGUAUCAGUAGUCUUGGAAGGAGAAGGAAUGGUCCGCGUGGUUUGUCCGAGUCUGUUGACCAACAAAGAAUGCAAAAACUCGAGGUUUAGGGUUGAGAAAGGCGAUGUGUUCACUGUCCCAAGGUUUCAUCCCAUGAUGCAAACAUCUUUCAACAAUGGUCCACUAGUUUUCAUAGGGUUUAGCACCAUAUUGAAGAAGAGUCAUCUCGAGUUUCUUGCAGGAAAAGAGUCGAGGCUUCAGGCACUAAGCCAAUCUAUUUUACGUGCAUCUUUUAAUGUGCCAGACACAACAAUACAACAGCUGCUACAUGGUCAAGAGAAACAGAAAGAGGUUAUAUUGGAAUGUACUUCUUGUGCUGAAGAGCAGGAAAGGAUGAUGGAAGAGGAUAUUGAACAAGAGGAAGGGAGGCCAGGGGAGGGAGAGGCAGCCGGGAGAAGGGAGGAGGAUGAGCAUAUACGGCCAGAAGAGCAUAAGAUGGAGCCAGAAAUAACAAGACCGGAAAAAGAAAGAAGAGAAUUCGGAGAGAAUGGAAAAGACAAGAAGAAGAAAGAGAAGAAGAAAGAGAAGGAAAAAGAGAAGGAGAAGGAGAAGAAGAAGCAACAAAAAGCCAAAAGAGAGCAGAAAGCGGAGGAGGAAGAGCAAAGAAAAGAAAAGGAGGAAGAGCAAAGAAAAGAAAAGGAGGAAGAGGAAGAGGAAGAGCAGAGCAGGCAAGCAGGAGAAGGACAACAGCGAGAAAGAGAGAUGAGUGAGUCAGAGGAAUACCAGCAAACGAAAGGAGGAAGAAGAGGGUACGAGGAGCAAGAACAAACAAGGGAGGAAGAAGAACAAAGUGAAUGGAGAUGGAAUGGGAAAGACAAGCGGAAGAAGGAAGGAGCUUUCUAAGGUGUAUGACAAUGGUCGUGGUCGUAGUUUUAUAUGUUUCGUUGUAGCUUCAUUGCCCAAAUAAGUUUUGUGCCAUAGACUCUAGAUAGUAGAUAGCAUCUUUCUAGGGUUAGCCAGUCAACAUGAAAAUAAUUAUGAAAGCUUUUGUUUUCAGGUAUCUAAUUUCAAAGUCUUAUUUCACGUUUGCACUUUCAAGUCUUUUGCAUUUCCUAUAUUUCCAAUAGGCAAUAUUAGUACUCAUUCCUAAUAGU